GCUCCAGGAGCCAGGGGGCGCAGGAGGCGCGGAGGUCCGGGCCCUUCCGAGGCCGAUGGUCCCGAUGGGCGAGGGCGGGAUCCCCCCAGCCUUCCAGCUCCUACUGCGCGCCUGCGAUCAAGGCGACACGGAGACUGCGAGACGGCUGCUGGAGCCCGGGGCGGCGGCAACGGAGCCGGCCGAGCGCGGCGUCCCGGACGAGGAGGGGGGCGCUGGGCAGGCGGCGGUGCUGCUGGGGCCGGUGCCCGUGGACUGCACAGACGAAGCCGGCAACACGGCGUUGCAGUUCGCCGCGGCCGGCGGCUACGAGCCGCUUGUGAGGUUCCUGCUGCGGAAGGGGGCCUCGGUCAACAGCCGCAACCACUACGGCUGGAGCCCACUCAUGCAGGCGGCGAGAUUUGGACAUAUAAAUGUGCUUCACAUACUGUUGGAAAAUGGCGCAGACGUUAAUGCACAGAACAGACUUGGGGCAAGUGUGCUCACAAUGGCCUCCCGAGGUGGUCAUCUCAGCGCAGUGAAGCUCUUACUGGAAACAGGAGCCUUCGUUGACAAUUAUGACCAUUUUAAUCAGAGUGUACUUGAGGAUGGCAACAAGGGGGACCUGCCAGACAUAACUGCCCUGAUGAUAGCUGCCCAGCAUGGACAUGAGGCAGUGGUCCACCUCUUAGUGGAGUGGGGAGCUGAUGCCAAUUACAGUGUUAAGACUAUGGGCUGGAGUCCGCUGAUGUUGGCAGCUCUUAAUGGGAGAGUGAGUGUGGCUCAGCAGCUGGUGGACAAAGGAGCUAACCCUGACCAUGUCAAUGUGCUGGAGAAAACCUCUUUUGAAAUUGCACUUGAUUUCAAACAUAAAGAAAUGAUAGACUAUUUGGAUUCUGUUACAACUGUUAGACCCAAAACAGAUGAAGAAAAAAGACGGCCUGAUAUUUUCCACGCUUUGAAAAUGGGAAACUUUCAGCUUGUUAAAGAGAUUAUAGAUGAAGAUCCCAACCAAGUAAAUAUCAUAAAUGGGGACGGAGCCUCACCUCUGAUGCUAGCAGCUGUCACUGGACAGUUGUCUCUUGUGCAGCUGCUUGUUGAGAGAAAUGCAGAUGUUGACAAGCAGGAUAAUGUUCAUGGAUGGACAGCACUAAUGCAGGCCACUUACCAUGGGAAUAAAGAAGUUGUUAAAUAUUUGUUAAAUCAAGGAACUGAUGUUACUCUUCGGGCAAAAAAUGGAUAUACAGCUUUUGAUCUAGUCAUGCUGCUGAAUGACCCGGAUACAGAACUUGUACGGUUGUUGGCAUCAGUCUGCAUGCAAGUAAAUAAAGACAAAAGCAAGUCAAUCAGCCAGUCGUCUUUGCCCCAUUCCAGGAUUAGACAAUCCUUGAGUGUACCAGUGUUGCCAGAUGACAGAGGUGGAUUGAAGUCAUGGUGGAAUAGAAUGUCCAACAGAUUCCGAAAGCUCAAGUUGACCCAAACGUUACAUCGGGGGCUUUCCAGUAAUCACCCUAUGCCUUUCACCGAUGAAUCUGAGCCAUCUCUGGAUUCUACAAUGAAAGCAAGUCCCCAGGAUGAGACAAGAAAUUCUGGAAUUCCCGACAUUGCUGCCCAGAGCAAGGACACUGGUUCUACCAAUACAAGAAUAGAAAAAGAAGAUACAUUAUUGACAACAAUGUUAAGAAAUAGUGCUCCUUUUACUAGACUCCCAAAUGACAAGCUGAAAGCAGUGAUCCCUCCUUUUUUACCACCUUCAAAUUUUGAGCUGUGGAACUCAGAUCGGACUCGGAUAAAUAGAGAUGGUCAGACAGAACAAAUGAAGGCCACGUUGCCACAAAGAUCUGUUAAAUACCAUCCUGUUGGCAGUGGAAACUCUGACAUGACAUCUGUCAGGCCUGUUAAAUUUCCAUCUGUUACGAGAAGCCCUACUUCUCCUACAAAUUCAGGAAAUUUCAACCAAUCACCCCACUCUUCUGGUGGGUCCAAUGGCAUAGGUGGAAUUAACAGACAUGGUGGAGAACUACAUAACAGAUCAGGUGGCAGCAUAGAUAGUGUUUUGUCCCAAAUUGCAGCACAAAGGAAAAAAGCCGCAGGAUUAUCUGAACAGAAAUCCAGCCAGCAGCAUAGUCCAGUCUGUACAGCUCCUGGGUCCACCCUGCCUGAUGUCCAGGGUUCUCCAGUUUCAGGCAACAUUCAUAGUGGAAAGAAAUUGGAGACAAGCAAAAGACCUCUAUCUGGAACCUCAACUACCUCCAAAAGCACCUCACCAACGCUUACCCCAUCCCCAUCCCCAAAAGGGCACAAUGCAGAAUCCUCUGUUUCCUCUUCUUCAUCUCAUAGGCAGUCUAAGGGGAGUGGUGGCUCUAGCAGUGGAACUAUUACUGAUGAUGAUGAGCUGACUGGAAUCCUUAAAAAAUUAUCACUUGAGAAAUAUCAGCCAAUUUUUGAGGAGCAAGAGGUGGACAUGGAAGCGUUCCUCACGCUUACUGAUGGUGACUUGAAAGAGUUGGGUAUUAAGACAGAUGGUUCCAGGCAGCAAAUUUUGGCAGCUAUUUCUGAACUGAAUGCAGGCAAGGGACGUGAGAGGCAAAUAUUACAGGAAACCAUUCACAGCUUUCAUUCUUCUUUUGAGAGCAGUGCCAGCAAUACCAGAUCUCCUGGGAACUGUCAGUCCACCACAUGUUGGGUAAGGCAAGAAGAACCAGUCUCUAACAAAAGGUAGCAGCAGCAUUGAUGUCCCUAAAGCUUGGGAGAUUGGUUGUCAUUACACAGAGCACCAUUUUCCAGAUGUGGCCAAACUCUGCUCCUAAUGCUGCUAAAAUCCCAUGCAUUCAGCCAAGAGGAAACAGCAACAGUUGUUUAGAGAGGAAAAAAAAGUCUCCCUUUUACUUGCUGCAUGGAUAGGAAGAAGAAGAAACUGGCAAGAAGAGCCCACUUGUAUGUUUCUUUCUUAGACCGAAAGAAAGAAGAGCAUCUCCCAAAGACAAAACUGGACAAGUAGAAAGCAAGUGAUGGGAGAAGGUGAAUGCAUGCCUAUAAAGCGUGUUUAUAAAUUAAUAUAAGUUCUGAAUAAUAAUACAUAUUCAUAGCAUAAUUAAGCAGCCAUUAGUAACUAUUGAAUAGGCUUAAAGAGUUAGUUGAAGUAUCAAUAGACAUACAGUGACACUGAGCAAACCAUGUAUAAUUUGAAGUCAACAAUCAUUUAUUAGACACUUACUAUUUGCCAGACACUGUGGAAAAUGUUUCCUCUCCUCAAUCUACUUGGAGGGAGACAAGGCUAACACGCAUAAAGGAGUGAAGAGUAUGAAGAGAAUAAAUGAAUAAAGGCUACAUAAAGUUGGGGUGAGGGCUGGACCUGUGAUUUCAUUUGUAUAGAAACUCCAGGUGUGGAACCUCCUUCUGUCACUCCCGGUCUGUAACUUCUCUACAAUUUAGAGACUUAGGAAAUUGUCUAAAGCAGAAAUGUCAAAUUCUCUCAGUGCCACUGGAACCAGAUCAAACUAUAAUUAGGAAAUAUUUAACAGAAUAAAUAAAAAUACAAUAGAACAUAAUGUUAAUAUGUGGUUUUCUAAGUGCUGC